AUGUCGCGCGCAAAGCCGUACUCGCGCAAGCCGGCCGCUGGCGACCCCGACAGCCAGUGGAGCCACGACCUGUACGACGCGUCCCGCACGACGCUGGCCGACAGAUUAAGCGGCAGCGGCAGUGGCAGCUCAUCCAAGGCGUCCUCACGGUCGGCGGCAGGGCCCAGGUCGUCGUCCUCGUCGUCGCUGCUAGACCGCCUCGGCUCGUCAUCAGCAGGCCGCGAGCUCCUCCCCUCCUCGCCUCUGGUCGGCGGGUCCUCCUCGUCCAAGCUGCACGGCUUCACGUCCAACGCGCCGAUCUCCGCAAACGCAGGCAAGGAGCUGCUGCCCGGCAAUGGCAAGGCGGCGCGCAGCGCGCGCAACUCGCGUCCGCGCGGCGGCGCCGUCGACGCAGGCCAGCGGAACCUCGUGGCCUCGAGCCUCGGCGCCGCCCUCCUCUCUAACAACAGCCGGCGCGCAGAGACCUCGGUGUCCAUCUUUGGCGCGGCACGCGCGUCAACCACCUGGGUCCGUGUCGAGCGGCUGGCGAAGGGCACGACUGCCGAGGACGUCCUGUCGGCUUUCGCGCCCGCGCCGAUCCUCAACACACGCGUGCUGAGCCGUAACGCCGACCGCACGGCGACGAUCGAGCUCGAGCUCGCGGAACGCGCCGCGGCGGACGCGCUGGUGGCGCAGUACGACGGCGUGUUUGCCGACGGCGACAGGCUGCGGCUAAGCAUCAAGACGAGAGGUGGGGGACAGCAGCAGCAGCAGCGGAACGGCGGCGGACGCGCGCCGGCGCCAGCUUCGGGCAAGCUCUACUCUGACCGCGUGGACCAGCGUCCGUCGGCGGUCGCUGGUGCGCCUGCGUCGGGCGGCGCGUCGCUCGCGUCGAGACUGAGCCGGAGGUAG